ACGUUUUUUCGGGACUACCACUGGGUGAAUUGUCAAAGGCCUUCACUAAAAGCCAGCAAAAGUGGAGCAGCAACAAGCUGUUGUUGGACCAUAUAUUUGCAGAGCCAUCCAAGACAAGCAACGCACAAAAAGAAUAGAAAAGAAAAACAGCAAACAAGUGCUGAAAGCUGUGACACACAAGCAACAGUUGGAUUUUUGUGAAUAUUUUCAAACCCAACCACCAAAAAGAAAAGUGCUUGACAAAAAAAAAAACAAAAGUAAAAAUAAAAUAAAAAAAGGCAACAACAACAUCCAAGGAUAAUGAGGGAUAUUAAUUAAAUGCAAAUGAUGUUAGCAGUGUAAUUAAAAAAAGAAAUUACUUUAACAAAUCCUUUAAUCCAAAUAAAAUAGAAAAGUUUAAUAAAAACUAAUUGGAUUUUGAAGUUUUUAAACAAAAUUAUGGACUUUGUGGUAGUGCAGUGAAAAAGUGUGUGUCUUUGUUUUCAUUAUAGAAAACCGCAAUUAAAAAACUUUUUAUUGUUUUGUGCUAAAAUUUACAAUAACUAAUUGUGGUUUGGGUGUUGAUGGUGGCAUUUUGUGUUAAGUUGACAAUUUUGAAACUUAUUUAAGUGGAAAGAUACACAGCCUAAUUGGAUUUGAAAGAAAAGAAACGAAAGAUAAAACAAACAAACCAGUAUGCCAUUGAAAUAAAACAUCAAGGAUAUGAAAAAAAGCUGUUGGAAAUUGUAAUUCCGUGGAAGAUUAUACAAAAAAAUUUAACUUUUUUUGCUAAAAAAAAAAUUCAUAUAAAUUGCAUUAAGCAAACGAAAGUUUCGCCUGUUAAAAGCCAGCUAAAAUUUACACAAAAAAGUGACAAAAAAGAAAAACAAAAAAGUGAUUGUAAAAAAAAACUCCCUUGAAAGCGUAUGCAAAAACAAUCAUCAUAAAUUGCUGUUGGCUAUUAAAGAAAAAAAAACGUGUAAAAAUUGGUUACUUUGUAAUAAAUUUCCUACAAGGAAGCAAAGUGUGAGUCAAAAAAAAAACCAACGAAAUAUAAAACCCUUAAUUAAUUUGAUGAUAAUUAAUUUUCCCAGUGCAACCAAAAGCUUAGGCACAGUGAAAAAUUACCUUCGAUCAAUUUGUGCGGACAUUUCCAUGUGCAAAUGUUUUGGCAUCAACAUAAACAGCGUAUUAAAAACGUGCAUAUCUCUUGGGUAAAGUGUGAAAUUGUUCUCCAUUGAGUUAUUAACAAUUUGACGUUGUGUUGUAUUGCAUCCUGUGCACAAUGGACUCUUAAUUAAUUAAAAGGCAGCUUGUGAAACAAAUUAAUCAAUUGUCCUGGGACUCUAUCAAUUUAGCCAAACAAACAAACACAACUCUUCGGUAUAGAAGUGAGAGAAUAAACAAAAAGACAAAAAAUCGGAAACGAAUAACAAUCAUCCUGCUUUUGUCAUUGGCUUUACUACAGGAAGUAAAGCUGCUUUUGACACUUGCUAACAUGAGAGAAACAUUUUUAAACUGAAACAAGAGUUCUACUCGCCAGCUAACUCUCGUCCUGCUGUAAGCUUUCACUUAGCCUCCUAAUGGACUAAACAAGGCACCAAGUUUUCUCAAAUACUGCAUUAAAAGGCUUGCAUUCAAUUAAGUAUUCUCAAAUGCUACAUUGAAAGGCUUCCCAGAACAUUCAAUUAAGAUCGAAACGAAUGUGGGCAUCAAAAAAUGCGAAUAACUAAUUCGACACAGGUUGGCUUUGGCAAAUUGAGCUUAACAUAAGUGACCCCUUAAAAACCAAUAAAUCAAACAACCUCAAGAAAUAGCCGUUCGAAAAAAAGGUCUAAAAAGCAAUGUUGAAUUUGUGAGAUUUUCAUGUUUAUGGCCCAUAACAAAUGGCAUGCAACGUCAUCCAACCAUCGAAAUAGCCAACAGAAUUGAAUGCAGAAUACAGCAUCUUGUCCAUGUGCCACAAUAAUAAUACCAGGAAAGUGAUUUCCUGAACGUGUGAAUUGCUGGAAUAAAGGAAAAAGUAACAACACCAACAUCAUCUCAAAAUAUGGAUACUUUUCGCAUUAGACGUGCUUCCAUUUCCCGUUUCGGGUCAAUGGCAAAGCAAGAACCCCUCAUAGUUGUCGAUGAGUCUCAAAUUGUCGAGGAGGAAGACCAAGAGAGCAAUGAAGCACCAUCGAACAAAGCCAGUCUGGACAUAGAUUCACCGGUAAAUCCUUAUCUGCUCUCACCAUGGCGCGAUCCAAGAGAGAGCCGCAAACAUUCUCUGCCCUCACAACAAGUCACCGAAGGUAUUACCGCCAGCCAAGUGAGGCGCCUCUCAGAGCGCGGAGGCGAAGGUUCAGGACCUUCGCCCAAAGAGGCUGCCUUUUUGGCUACUCUCUCACAGGCUCCAGCACCCUCGGGACGGCGCCACUCGGUGGUGACCAUAUCGAAAGUACCCACAACCAUAUUCGGAAGGGCGCGCCGCGAAUCUGUGGCCGCAUUACCAAACCGUCUGAUGGGCUCACGCCGCGAAAGUAACACAUCCACUGGACCACCAUCCACGGACCCCAUAGGUAGCAUACACAAUCUGCAAUUGGACAUAAUGGAUGACAUUGUGCAAUCGCGCAAGGCUCGCAUGAAACUCUGGACCACCAGCAGUGAAAAGGUGUGCGAAGUGGAAACCCUCAACGAAGUGGGUGGUACAACGCCCCAGCGUUACACCAAUCGUCGCUACUCCGAAUGUGUCUCUGCUCAGCCCACACCUUCGCCCGGUUACCGUAGAGCCUCCGAACAUCCCGCCAUUAUAUCGCCCUGUGUUGCCCAGCCCACCAGCAAUCGUUCGUCAACCAGGCGAAAGAAAAGUUCCGGUUUUCUAGGUAGUCGAACCGACAUCAGUUCGAUUUUCAGCAAUCUCACCUCAUCGGCGAUAGAAAUACACAAAUGUGAGGACAAGCCGACACCACCUUCCUCCUCGUCGGCCAAUAAGUCUAAAACCAGCACUUCGUCAACUUUGCAGGCUCCAUCACAUAGUAGUUCCAAUCUCUUAGAUCCCAAUGCGGGGCGGUCAACGCGAUCCAAUAGCUUUGAUGUUUCCAUACUCAACAAUGCCAAACAAUUGGUUUCCGAUGCUCAGGAUAAUAGUUCGGCGGCCCUGUCGGGCUGGUUUGCGAAUCGCCAUGAGCCAAUGGCCCGCAAGAAGAGUAUACGCAGUAAGAGCACAGCCAUGGCUUUAUCCAAAGAUGUGCUAGAGAAGCUGCAAUCCAAAGAUGUCUUACGCGAAAGUAAACCCAAGCUUAAGCCGCGUAGUAAACAGAAGAGUUGGACAGAUCACACCAAAGGCACCAUUGUGGAUGCCACGGUCAUUGGAUCGGCCAUAGAGGGUUUCUUGCGGAAAAAUUCCGCCUCUGGGCCUUCGGGCAGCAAUGCUCCGGGCGCAAGCACAUCGAGCAGCAGCACAAAGGCACCACCCAAGGGUGCAGUGCCCAAAGACCAUCAUGGCUCCACAUCAAGGCGAAGUCGAACCCAGGCCCAAGCAGCCAAUGCGGUACGCACAACCCUAAAUUGGUUUGGCAAGGGGGAUGAAGAUGACACGAAGGAUACCUGUGAUGCAUCACUGUGCUCGACCCUAAAGGAUUUGUUUGUUAAAUAAUUACCGGGGAAUUCUUUAUUUAAAUUAAAAUAAUCCCACCCUCAAUUGGUAGCAGAUUUUUGUUGGAUUUCGUUAUUAACCCCCAAAAUGUGGUAAUUUGUUUUUAUUUUAAAUAUUUCAUUCAACUUAUUUUAAUCCCCUUUUGUUGUUGACAUUGACAGGCAAUAACAUGGAAUGUUUGAAAGCUUUAGACAAAAAUAUAAAUUUAAUGAUAGCCUAGAUUUCCUGAAAAUGUGAGAUUCAAGGAUAGACAAACUAGUAUACAUAGGAUAACAAAAUUAAUGCAACUCCUAUACAGGAUAGGGUAAGUUCUACUACAGAAAUGUGAAAUAAUUUUGUAUUUUUAAUGUAUGUAUAUAUCCACCUAAUCAUCUCAAAGCAAAGGGAAAUAAGUUUAAAGUAUUUUCCAACUGUUGGAAGUUUCUUUUUAUAUCAUUUGCAGUCGAAUAUGUACUUGAGAGUUAAAGAAAAUUUUGCUCAAAUUUAUUUUGUUUUUCACACAAUUGAAGCUUAAAAAUUAUACUUCAGUCUUUUUUAUAUCAGCACCUUGAAGUAUUCCUCAACCUGUUUGUUGCUCUUGCCAUGUCUGACCGAUUGCCUUAAAAACUAUAAAAAUUUCCAAUCUGCUUCUAAGUGCUUUUUGGAUAUUCUACUUCAUAUUGUCGCCUAGUGGCCACCAUUUUUAUCUGAUUGGAAUAAAAGUGAUCCAUGAAAGCGACCUCUUAAGCAGUUGGAAGCUUCAGUGUUAACCUAAUUUGUCCGAUAUUUAGUAUUUGUAGCCCAGAAACAUUUAUAAUAAGGUGUCCCAAAAAACUUAAAGUAUUUUUAUAGCCUCCACCACCACCGUGGUAAGGGAUUUAAAACUUUGUGCAUUUGUUUGCAACGCUAAGAAGGAGAGAAGAUAGACCCAUUGAUAAUUACACCGAUCGGCUUGGAAUCACUUUCUGAUUCGAUGUAGCUAUGUUGACUCACGGACAUGCGCUAUUGAUUUUGAACAAAAUCGGUUCAGAUUUACAUAUAACUCCCAUAAACAUCUUUCAUCCGACAUGGCUUUUUAUACCCUACACCACUACUGUCAUACAGAGUAUUAUAACUUAGUGCAUUUGUUUGUAACACCCAGAAGGAAGAGAGAUAGACCCAUUGAUAAGUAAACCGAUCGACUCAUAUUCACUUUUUGAUUUUUUAAAGCCAAGAGACGAAGCCUAUUGAAAUGGGGAAAAUCGGUUCGGUAAUUUGUUAACCGAUUCUCUGGAAAUUUGACAGGAAGUAUUUUCUUAUGACUCUCGUUAUUACUGGUGAAUUUCAGAUUAAAAAUCGGUUCAGAUUUGGAUAUAGAUUCCAUAUAUGCAAGCUACUGCAAGCGCAUUUAUUUAUCAAUCUUCCCAAAAUUUUGCACAACGCUUUCCUCGACUACCUACACAAUAUGUAAGAAGUUUGCAUGAAAUCGGUUCAGAUUGAAAUAUAGCUGCCAUUUAUAUGUAUGUCUGAUUUUGAGUAA